ACCUUGUGACGCAGGAUGUCAGAGCCACCAUUCAGACCUAGGGAAAAGCUUAUAGGGUAUCAGAAAUAUUUCCAAAACAUCCACAAACACACUUACCUGAAAGGACCUUACGAUAAGAUCACUUCUGUCGCAAUUCCUGCUGCUCUGGCUGCAAGUUCCUUGUUCUUAAUAGGACAAGGGAUCUAUAACAUGUCUCAUGGGAUUGGAAAGAAGGAAUGAGGCUCUCCACUCAUGCAUGGAAGACGUUUUUUCCCGACUCUUGUGGUUUCUUUGUAGCAUGACAUUGCUUGUUCAUUUGCUUUAAUAAUUUGAACACUUCUUUGCUGCCAAUGGAAACUAUAAAAGAUACCAUGUGGAAUUAUGUAUGGUUUUGAUUCUUUUGAAAGCUAAAUGAUAAGGAGUCGGAAUUUAGCAAUAUGUUUGAUGAUUUCUAUG